UUCACUUCCUGCUGUCAAGGUGCAGAAUACCGCCACCUACUGACGGCGAUGGGAACUGCUAUUCCUCUUUGUUUAUGUGAUUUGAUUUGUAGUACUGUAGGGCGCUGUGGGAGUUGCCAGAUCAUCAAACGCUAAUCACCAGGAAGAGAAACGUGACUGGUUACGUAACGUGCCAAGGGGGUAAUUUACUCCGCCGGUUGCUGCUUGGCGUGUGAAGAACGACUCGUCCCUUUGGCUCCCGGCUGCUUUUGUAGAAAUACUUUGAAACGACAACAACAUAACACAUUCACAGCCGAUACUUUGCAUUGCAGACAGCGCCGAGCUGAUUGCGAAAAUAGUGUUGACACAGGUUGGAAGGUGGAGAGGUGCUAUAGGCUGACCUGGACCAUGGCCAUAGUUCAUCACCCAGGGUACCCACUCAGGGACUCACUUUACUGGGAUGAAACAGAGUGCCUCAACUACUAUGGGAUGUUGUCUCUCCAUGAGGUCUUUGAAAUAGUUGGUUCCCAGCUGACAGAGACUGACAUUGAGGUACUCUCUUUCCUUCUAAAUGAAACUUGCUCCGCACCACAUCCACUUGAUCCAGCAGGCUGGACAGUUAAACCCUGUGAGGGUGAAGCAGUUGACUCAGGCGUGUCCCCGAGUCCUGAGCUGCUAAAGGUCUGGCGGCGGUUACAGCCCCAGGGCGCCCAGGGCUCCCAGGGCUCCCAACAUCCUUUGGAGGCCUCAUAUAAGCCAAAGAGUGGCCUUGAGCUGUUGCUUGAGCUGGAGAGGCGAGGAUACCUCAGUGAUGGUAACCUGGAGCCACUACUGGGACUACUGAGAGUCCUCACCCGUCAUGACCUGCUGCCUUUAGUGUCCUGCAAGAAAAGGAGAACAGUAUCUCCAGAAAGAAUUGGACAGAGGUAUGGAAUAGAGGACGGAGAAUUCGUGUGCGCCUCUGGAAUGCGACACAGCUCCAGACAGGCAGAAAUGCCUCUUCCAUCCUUCACACAGCAAUUAAGAACAGGUAUUUACCCUCCUAUGCCUGGGCCAACCCCCGGGAGGAGGAGGAAGAAGAGGGGACAUGGCUGGAGCCGCAGACCUAAGAGAACAAGCAGGCAGGUCCAGCCACUGCCACCACCAGUGCCACCACAUAAAACAUCCUGCGAUAUCCGCCUGCGCGUCCGGGCCGAAUACCUGGAGCAUGAGUCGGCACUCCGCAACGGUGUCUCCUCGGACAAGCAGCAGCCCCUGGAGCGGCAGUUUGAGUUAUUCAGCCAAGCCAACUCACUCCUGCGUGCCAGAGACCUAGGUUCCAUCGUUUGCGACAUCAAGUUCACAGAGCUGGACAACCUGGAGGCCUUCUGGGGUGACUACCUAAGUGGAGCUCUGCUUGAGGCCCUGAAGGGAGUCUUCAUCACUGAUUCCCUGAGAAUGGCUGCAGGCACAGAGGGCAUCCGCCUGCUGAUCAGUGUGGAUCAGGAUGACUACGAGGAGGGCCGAAGGAUUCUGAGAGCCAGGAGAAUGCUGACAUCCAGUAACGGUGCUACUUUUUAGGACACCAGGAUGAAACAGGAAAUACCAAGAUAUUUCUCCUUAGUCUCAGGGGAACAGGACCAAGCAAGCCUGUGACACAAGAUCAAGUGAUAAGCCCCCUCAUAACAUCAAUCUUAAAAUAAAUAAGUUUAAGACAGCUGGGCUUCCACAAAUGAUUCACAUGCUCAUGGUCAAGGUUUAGAUUAUACACACACACAAAUAGACUUGAUGGGCUACAAUCAUACAAAACUCCUUAUCAAGCAUUUGAUGGCGGCGGCUCUUGAAAUUCUCAAAUACAAACAGACCAUUAUACAGAACAAAUCAUGCUUCGUCAUUAGACAGUGGCUUUGUUCUCAUUGAAAUGAUGUACCUGAAGACUUGCGUUAUGUAAAGUAGCAAGUAAUUAGUAGUAAUUAAAAGGACAGCCAAGAAAAGUUUUUCAUCUUUUCGUAAUUUUGGAGAGAACUGAGCACAGAUUGAAAAGUGGGUUGCUCUCAGUGUAGAUUGACCUUUGUGUCCAACUUUGGAGAGCCUAGUCCACACACACAACUAGAUAACAAACACUCGGAUUCUCAGCCCUGUGUACCAUGAUAACCCAACUUGUGAUUGCCAUGGUCAGUGGAUACGGCAGUUGCCAGUAGAUGACAGCAGUGAUUAGGGCUAGGCCUCAGCAGACCAUGGAAGAUUCAUCAUCACAAGCUUGUCAACAGCAGCCGGGAUAAUGCAAUGGUGGCUCGUGUCCGGGUUUCCAGCAAGGCCCCAGCAAAUGCUUCUCUCAGCAAGUAAAGCACAGGACAGUGCGUCGGUCAAUAGAAGUGAUGUUGGGGAGAUCAAAAUCAAAAGUGCACAUCCCAGCUCCACUCAGCCCUGCUAUGUAGGUCCAGUAGAGUGGCUCACGGACAGCUGUCUACUCACCCUGCUGGAACUAAUGCCUGGACUUCACUCAUAGAAGACGAUCAAUAAGGGCCCUCACUCUAAGUCCCUUCAUACAGGCACGACUUAAGCAGGCAGACUUGCUACUGUCUGAAGUGAAGGUCUCUGCAGGGCCAGGCAGGGGGAGGGACAAUGGACAUAUUCCAUCUUUCCUUUUGUGUCUUUUUGGUAAAUGAAUUUAUUAAUGUAUGUUUGUAUUGUUAAUAGAUGUUUAAAAAAAAAACUCAUUCAGGGGAAAUUUUUUGUUAAAGAAAUUUUGCUUUUGGUAUGACAAUUUUUUUGUGGAAAUCUUUAUAUAUUAGAAAUUAUUUCUGGUGAAUAAUAAAGGUUUGAUGACCUAAA